AUGGUGGCCUACGGGCAGGCAGCUGGGGGCCGCUCCUGGGCCAGCGCCGCGGCGGGCGGCAAGGCCGAGGGCAGCUGGAGCUACUGGGUCUGCUCCAGCGGCGUGUGCAGGGAGUGGAACUGGUGCUCGCUCUGGAAGUGCCGCGGCUGCGACCGCGUGGCCCCGCCGUGGGUCAAGGCAGCCCAGCCGCCCGCGGCUGCCGCCGGCCAGGAGCCGCCCGUCGCCGACGCCGAGGGCUUCGUCGCCCAGCCCCGUGGGAGGAAGGCGAGGCGCCAGGCCAAUCGCACGGCUGCCCGCGCGACAAGCGCUGGGGCCGCCAGCCAGGCAGGAGUCUGCGAGGCCAGCAGCGGGCAGCAGUCGGCCGUCGAGCAGCGCUGCCUGGAGGUCAAGCGCAUCGAGGACUUCCUCGCGGCCCCUGGCGGGUCCAUCGACGAGGGUUGCCUGCAGUCGCUGCGCGCGGCCCUCGCCCGAGAGCGGCGCAGGCUCUCGGCUGCCGAAGCGGCGCUGGCGGAUCGCAGGAAGGCCGACGCCCCCCUGCCCAAGGCGCUCCACGGGGCUGGCGACGCCCUGGGGAAGUUGGUCAGGCAGGGGCGGGCCAAGGAGCAGGCGCUGCUCAAAGCUGAGGAGGCCCACGCGGCAGCCAUCGGAGAGCGUGGGGCGGCCAUCGCGCGCGAGGCCGCAUGCGCGGAGGCGGUCGAGGAGCGCCGUGCUGCUGUCGAGGCUCACCGCGAGGAGCAGAAGGCCGCAGAGGCCAGACAGGCCAAGGAGGUCGGCGCGGCCUUCGUCGGCGCGGACCUGCUCGGGAUGGUCCACGGCCUCAUCCAGCAGGUCGAGGCCUUGCCCCAGGGCUUCGCCGCGGGCAAUGGGGAGGCCGCCUUCGCCGAGGUCGCCAAGCAGAUUGCUGCGGUACGCAGGCAUGCACCCCCCGAGGCCAGAGGACGCUCAUCCUGGGCCGACACCCCCCUCGACGUCUCGGACGAGGACCUCGACGGAGAUGAGGCCGCUGACGAGCGGGUGGCCGAGUCCCUCGACGGGCGCAGCGAAGCAAAGGUGUCAAAUGACAAGAGGACGAGGAUGACGGCGCAGGAGGCCUGCAUUGGCAAGGCUCGCCUCGGGCCACAGCCAGCCCCUGGGCCUGACCCUCGAGGACCUUGCCCCCUGCGUGCUGGCCUGGAGGUCCUGGGCUGCAACGGUAACGUCUGGAACAGGAGCGUCGAGGUCCUCGAGGCAUUCUUCCACGCCCACCAGUACUGGCCGCAACUGGUCCUCCUUCAGGAGACGCGGCUAACCCACGAACGGCUCCCUGGGGCCAGGGCGCUGGCACGCCGCCUCGGCUACGCCGCUUUCUUCCAUGAGGCGGUGGCGACGGGCCAGCCUGGCCCGAACGCCACGUCUGGCGGCGUCGCGAUCCUGGUGAGGGCUGGACUCCAGGUGACGGCGCCAUCGGGCCUCCGUCUCCUGGCCUUGGCAGGGUACUUCCAGCACUCCUUGGGCCCGCGGGGGGUCAACCUCGACCUCUUCUCCUCGGUCUCGGGCCUCGUGGCAUUCUCGCUCGACUUGCCCUGGGUCAUCCAGGCGGAUUUCAACAUGGAGCCCGAGCCCCUGCAGGAGCUGGGCUGGCCUGCAGCGGUUCGCGGUCAGGUGCUCGGACCCUCUGAAGCGACCUGCGUUGUCCAGGGCCUGGAGCGCGUCUACGACUGGUUCGUCGCCUCGUCCGACCUUGCCACGUGCGCGGUGUCCUGCGCGACCACGCUCAACGACUUCGGGCUGCAUCCGCACUCUCCAGUGCUGCUGCGCCUCCAGGACGUCAGGUGCGACGCCCUGGUCGAGGUGCCCCCCCGUCCUGCUCGGUUCCCAGAGGUGGAGGUCAAGGGCGUGUGCUCCCGCGAGGACGCCGUUGUCCAGGCCUUCGCUGUCGGCGAGCGCGGGAAGGCGUCGCAGAAGGAUGUAGCUUGGUCGUGGGCUCAAGGUUCGUGCCCGACCAGCCUCUCUGCUGCUUUCGGGGAGUGGACCGAGGCGGCGGAGGGUACCCUCACGGGCAUCCACGAGAUUGCGCCAGGCGACCUGCCACGCUACCUUGGGCGAGCGGCAGGGCCCAAGACCAGGCGCAUGCCCUUCAGCGCGCUGGUGCAGCGUGAGGCCAGGCUGAAGUACAGCAUGCUGACUCACCGCCUGAGGAGCUGCCUGGCUGUCGCCCUCCAGAGGCUUCGCGCAGAGCAGGCCAGCAGGUGGCGCCCGACCCACUCCUGGUGGUAUGAGCAGCAGGCGGCGGCGAGGGCGAAGCUCCUGGACGAGGCGACCCAGGAUGAGGCUUGCCUUCGGAGCGCGCCCCUCCUCGGGGCGUCCGACGUGAAGUGGGGGGACGUCGCCUUCCACGCGGGGGUGAUGGGCUGCCCCACGGCGAUCGCCGAGCUACAAUCGUGGCUCCUGGCGUCACAGAGGCGCGAUGCCGCAGAAGGAGCUGCCGCUUGGCGCAGUUGGGCCCAGACGGCGGUGGGGAAAGGAGGCCGCCUGGCCCACCGCUUCUCCAAGGCGGCCCCCACGCCUGUUGCCAGGGACGCCGACGCAGGGAGGCCCCUCGUCGGCAUGGACGCCGUUGACCAGCUCACGCGUACGUGGCAGCGGCUCUGGCCUCAGGAAGGCUUCUCCAGCGGAGUCGGGGCCCACCAGUGGGAUGUUGGAUCCUGGACGCUGCCGCCCAUUACCCUGGAGGCAUUGCAGCAGGCUUGCAAGCGCUACGGCCCGUCUGUGGGGCUGGGCUGCGACAACAUGCACCCUCGCCAGCUUCUCCUGCUGCCAGUGGCGCUGCAGCUUCGCCUGAUCGACAUCCUCACGGCGUUCGAGGACGAGCCUUCCUCGAUCAGGGGACAGGUGGCGCUCAUGGUGUUUAUCCCUAAAGCCGACGGAGAGACCAGGCCCAUCGCGCUGCCCCCGCUGGCCUUGCGGCUUUGGUCUCGCCUGAGGCAGCCGUGCUGUGCCCGAUGGGAGUCAGACCACAGCUACCCCUUCUUCUGGGGCCGCGAUGGCCGCGAUUGCGAAAGAGCGGGUUGGAUCCACAACUGCUUCGCGGGCUUCGCGAUGGCCUCCCCGCACUUCGAGGUGGCCAGCCUGUUCCUGGACAUCCGCAAGUUCUACGAGCAUGUGCGCCACGACGUCCUCUGGACGUCAGCCCAGCGUUUCGGCUUCAACCUGAAGCUGCUGCGCGGCCUCCUCGCCAUCUGCCAGGCCCCGCGGAUCGUGCUGGCGGGUGGCGUGGCUUCGCCCCCCUUUGGGGCCAGUGGCGCAGUGCUGGCGGGCUGCGCGUAUGCGACGGCUGUCGCGAAGCUUCCCCUUCUUGGAGGCCUCCUCGCUGCUGGGGCUCAUCGGCCUCUUGCCACCCUGCGCAAUUUGGUGGACGACGUCUCGCUCCAAGCUGUCGGCUCGGCGAGGCUGGUCGUGGACCAGCUCGCGGGGGCCAGCGGGGAGGUGCUGCGACACCUGCGGGCCCACCACCUCCCGCUCAACGAGGGCAAGUCGGUUUUCCUGGCCUCGUCUGCACAGGUUGCGGACGGCCUCGUCGCCAGCUGGGCCGCCCUCGGCUUCGAGGUCAAGCGUGGCUCCCAGGCCCGCAACCUGGGCACCGACGCCAACGUGACCCGCAGAGGGGUCCAUGAGGGAGGUGCCCGCGCUGUGGGAGGCCUUUCCCGCGCCAGGCGGCUGAGAACCCUGGGCUCGGCGGGGGCCGCGGUGGUGCACAUUCACCGCGCUGGCCCUACCGCCGCCAUGCUGUGGGGCAGGGCGGUCACUGGGGUGCCCGGGAAGCUUCCCAAUGGCGCCUCCCUUGGGCUGAGGCUCAGGGCGAUCGAGGUGCAGCGCUCCGCCGACCUGGACCCGAGCCCAGCCCUGGUGCGCGCCGCUGUGCAGGUGGCAGCCAGCCUCCUUCAGACGGGCGAGGUGCCCCUGAGGAUGUUCGCGACCUGCCUGGAGGAGGCCGAGCGCAGGCACGGCAGCGCCAGGGUGCCCUGGGUGAACUGCAAGAACCCAGUCGACGCCCUGGCCCUCUCUCUGUUGCGGGUUGGGUGGCGCCUCUCGGCUGGGCACUUCCUCCACGCCGAUGACGGCCACACCUUGGACAUGCUGAUCAUGGGCCCCCGCGAGCUCGGGCUGCUGGCUGCGGCAGGUGCACGCAGGGCCUCCGACAGAGCUGAGAUGACGCGGCUUGGGCACGGAGCCGCCCCCUCCAUGCCCUUGUUUUGGGACGCGCUCGGCCAGGUCAUCGGGCCGCGCGGCAGGUUCAGCAGCAGGGAGAAGGCCGCGGUGGUGAGCUACGUGUCCAACGCCCACUGGCCCCAGACUCGCCUCUUCGCGGCUGGUGAGCGGGGCCACCCUCGAUGCUGCGCCUGCGGCGAAGUGCGUGGCAGCCUCUGGCACAGGCUCUUCGAGUGCCAAGUGCUGGCUGCCGCAGCCCCCGCAGACGGCCUGGAGAUCAACAUCGACUGCGCGUCCACAGUCAGCUGCUUGAAGCUUGGCAAGAAGUAUGCGACGGCUGCCAACAAGCCCAAUGCACACCUGUGGUCGGCCGUCUACGCCUCGCUGGACGUCGACUCGCUCAUUGUGAACAAGGUGGCGGCCCACUGCACCGAGAUCGAUGUUCGCGAGGGCAGGAUCUCGGAGUUUCAGUUGCUUGGGAACGGCCACGCCGACAGGUUGGCGAAGGCGGGGGCGGCCCUCCACAGGGUCAGCGCGGCGGCCAGGCGGGGGUUCUUCGGCGCGAUGGAGGUCGUGAGAGAGCUCUCCAGGUGGAUCGCGCAGGCCUCGAUCAUCUGGCAGGACAGGGGCUCCAAGGACUGCGAGGGCCUUCCUGAGGGCGACGAGCGGAGGACUGCUGUCACCUUCGCGGCCCCGCUGGAGGAGUGCGCUGACGGCCCGCGGGCGGCCCCCGCGAACGGAUCGGGCGCCCCGCCCGCCGCCGCGGGGGCCCAUGGGGAACAGGAUGGCUGCCGCCCCGCCGCUGUCGGCUCCUGGGCUUCGGCAGCGCGCGGCGGAGGAGUAGCGCUGGGCGCCCUGGUCUUCGCCGUUGCGGGGCACGCCCUCGCGCGCGCCAGGUGCGGCGAGGACGGCGACCAGCAGGAGAUCAUUGCGUGCACCAGGUGCGGAGCGCAUGCGAGGCUUGGCGCACGCCCUGGCCCGCAGCCCAAGCUCAGGGAGCGCUGUCCUGGCUCAGCGGGCCUCCCCAGGUCGCUGCGGGACAAGUGGGAGCGUGACCUCCAUCCUGGGGGCACGCCACGCGCCCGCGACGCGCGGGGGAAGGGGGCGGAGGCCCCCCGCCUUCGCAAGGAGGCCGAGGUGCCGCUGGAUGCCAGGGUGCGCUUCCUGAAGUGGCUCGGAGUCCAGCCUGGUGCCCCAGCAGGAGUCGAGGCCAGCGCCGCGGCGGCAGGCGCUGAUCGGGGCGGCGCUGGCGCGGCGGCCUCCUCCUCGUCAGAGCUGCCCGCUGGGGCUGGCGUCGCCGCGGCUGGAGCGGGAUCGCGACAGGCCUGGCUGGAUGCUUACGGCCUCGACGAGGAGAGCCUGCUGAGCUGGGCUGGGGAGGCCGACGAGGCCCGUCGUGAGCGCCAGAGCAGGAAGAGGCGCAGGGAUGACCCCUUGGGGCGCUUGGGCCGCGCGAGCGUGCGCGGGCCGUGCCUUGGGCGCUCCUGGCUGUGA